AGCACAACUCUUGCUUUCGUUGAUGCAUCCGCAAGCUUGCGGUUUGGGGCGUCUGAUUGUAACAAUCGGCUGCAUUCUUCUUCUCCUCGGACCAUUGACACACCAUCGCUCAAGUUUCAGGUGCCAGGAGCUGCAAAAUUAAUCUGGGAAGCGAUGGAAAAUGACCUUUCGGUAGCAUUACGAUGUGGUAUUAAUGAAGGUAUUAGCCAAAGGAAUCAAAUGUGCUCAUUAGGAGAAAAUGGUGGAGCAAUGACACCACCUCCUUGUGGCAGUCUUCUGAGGUUAAGCAAUGCAUGCACUCAAGAAGAUGGCAACUUCCUGGCUGCUGAAAAUGCAGAUAAAAAUAAGAAGGUAUCACGAAUCAUAGGCUGGGGAUUACGUCGUUUCAGUAAGAUAGUUUGUCAGAAGGUGCAAGUGAAGGGAAGAACAACCUACAAUGAGGUUGCAGAUGAAAUCAUUUCUGAUUUGGCUACAUUGAACAAGACCAGCGAAUUUGAAUUUGACGAAAAAAAUAUUCGUCGGAGGGUGUAUGAUGCAUUUAAUGUUCUCUUAGCUAUCAAUGUUAUUGCAAAAGACAAGAAAGAAAUACAUUGGAUUGGUUUUCCUAAUACAAGUACCAAAACAUUGGAAGAUUUGAAGCGAAGGCACAUGAAUGUAACAAAUAGAAUACAAGAAAAAGCAAAUUACUUGAGAGAAUUAGAGGCAAAGGCUUUUGAUAUCCGAAAGCUUAUCGCGAGGAACCAACGCAGACAUGCUUCUGGGAAUGUUUCAUCAGAAGGUGUUACCCUACCAUUUUUGUUGGUCCAAACUAAUCCAAAGGCCACUGUUGAAAUAGAGAUUUCCCAAGACAUGCAGUUAGUUCAUUUUGACUUUAACGGAUCUCCAUUCUCUCUGCAUGAUGAAGCUGCCAUCCUGAAGAUGAUGAGAUGCCCACUAUCAGCUGCUAAAAAUCAGUUCUUUCGUUGCCCGGCUCGUGCUUUGAACAGCAUCAGAGACUAUAAUGGGAAGCCAUUGAAGCCUGCUUCUUUCUCAUGGAACUCCGAAAACUCGGAUAUGUAAUUUCGUGUUUUUGUUAUUAUUAUUAUUUUUAUUUUACUGUAAUUAUAUUGGCAAGGCAGGUGGAUGUAGGAUUUAUCUGUUGUAUAUUAUGUGUACACAACUAGAAUGUGUAGAUUUUAGCUUUUGUAUGCAUUCAAAUAGCAUUGGUGGAAGAAGAAAUAUUAAGAUGUAUAACUUGG